UUCCAUGGUAACCGGGGUGGGUUCGCAGAUCACAACAGACGACGUUCGUUCGUUCAUUCGAAGAGAUUGUGUAGUUCGAGAAAAGCGUGUUCUAUCAUUGCCGGUGUUUCUCAUUUUUUUUUAUAUAUUUGUAUAUUGUGUUCAAUUAUCUUUCAUUUGAUAAAAUAUUUUAAAAGCUAUCAGUGAAAUUUUUUAUGUACAUGCAAACGAAGUGGAAUGCAAACAAAACAGUAGAAUAUCUAUCCUACGGUCGUUGGAAAAGAGAAACUUCAUUGUCAAGUGUUGGGGUCGCAUUCGCGACCCAGACAUCAGCCGAGGUGGCGUGGGGUACGGCAGUAAUGGAAUUGCAGAGCUGGCUGCUCUAUCAUCUUGUAGCCGUAACCGACUGCAAUCAAGUGAUGCAGUCGGCGACUACAUUGAACGGGGGAUCUUAUCCCGCCGGAGGCACCGGAAGUCGCGCUCGUGAUUUAGGUCUUCGAGCGCAAAAAAAACUUCUCGGCAGAGUCGUAUCUACAGGAGCCGGAAGAUCACUGUUGAUAGAUGAUGCUACUACAUCACUUCUGGAUAAUCUUUAUAAACUUAUGGAAAGAGCUGCAAAAACUAAUCCUAGUUUAGAUAAGAAGCAGCCUGAAAAGGUUUUAAAGAAUAUUGUUAAAUUGUCCAUUAAGGUGGGUCUUCUACAACGUAAUCAACAAUUAAACGUUACCGAUGACGCAAAACUUGCCGAAAUAAGAACUGCCCUUAGAGCUGUAGCUAUGUCUGUGGUUUCGUUUUAUGAAUUAGAAUUCAGUUUCGAUAGAGCGUAUUUAAUAAAAUCAUUAGAACGAUGCAGAACUGCAAUACAAACAUUUAUAAAGCCACAUCUCACAGAUAAAUCUCAAGAUCGAUGUGAUCAAGUGUUCGAUUUCUUAACGCAUUCCGAUUUUUUGGAUUCCGUUUUUAGGCAAGAUUCAGAACAUAGACCUAUCCUUGGAAUGUUAGUUAGUGAUAUAAAUAAGGCCUUAGAUGCUGGGCAUCUUUGAUUUUUUUUAAAAUGCGACUGAAUUUUUGCAAUCAAUGGGGAGCAUAAAUGAAAAUUAUACUUAUAUUUGCUAAAAGAUAAUUAAGGGAAGAUAAUAAUUUUCCUCCCUAAUUAUUUUUUGAAAAAAAAAAAAAAAAGAAAGAAAGAAAGAAAAAAAGUCAAAAAAAGAAAUCCAAUGUAUGUGUGAUAUCAGUUAUUUACAGUCGCCUGUAUAAUAAAAAAUAAUGAUAAAUAUGUUUUUGAUAUGAAAGAAUUUUGAAAUAUGAUGUUUCCCGUGAAAAUCGAUCGAUUUCACAGUAGUGCUCACCAAUUUAUGCAAUAAUUGUGAAAUACUCUAUUUAUUUUCAGAAUGUAUAUUGUUAUGAUCAGUAUAUUUAUUUACAAUACUUAUGCGUUAGAAUACCAAUUGUCAAUUUAUACCAAAAAAAAAAAAAAAAGAAAUGAGCUUAUUUAUACCCAAAAAUGGGUUUAUAGUAAUUAUGGUAGAUUAUGUUAAUAUUAACAAAAUAGCACAUCAAAAAAGCAAUUUAUCAUUACUGAGAAUGCACUAAAAAAUAUGUGCUCUAAAAUAUCUUUUUUAUUCAAGAGUUAUACUCUGACAUAUCGACGAGUAUAUCUAUAAAGAUAAAUUUUCUCCUGUUACUAUACGCCUCAAUACAUUUUCGACACAACAUAUCUAAUAUAGUGGCUAAGCCUGCAUAAUUGAAUUGAAAAAUAUUUACAUCACAUGUAUUACAAGUAUGUCGCAAUGUUGCGUGUUUUGUAUAAAUUAUACACUCUUUACACAUUAUUUGUGAUGAUUCUAAAUGAAAUAAAAAUCUUGUAUUGAUAUAUCAUUAAUAAAUUAUUUGUAAUAAGAGGAA